AUGGUCAGCAAGGACACCGGCAAAUGUGUACUCACCGCUGCCGAGACUGAGGUGGAACCGGCCGCUUCGCUGGCCCUGGAGAUGAAAUAUGCCCUGGACCCCAACCGGCAGAUCAAGAAGCGGAACAAGGCGCUGCAGGUGCGCUUCAAGGAUAUCUGCGAGGCCCAGAACGAGCAGAGGGACACACAGCUGCCCGCCGGUCAGCCAGCUGAACGCCGGGAGCCCAAGGCCACCGUGCACAGGGCCGCCUACCGCAAGUACAUGACGGUGCCUGCUCGCAGGUCCAUCCCAAACGUCACCCGGAGCACGGGCGUGCAGACCUCGCCGGACAUCAAGAAGUGCUACCAGACCUUCCCCCUGGACCGCAAGAAGGGGCCUGGGAAGGGCCUGCCAGCCGCUGACCCCUUUAAAAGUCAUGACAAUGGCUUCUUUGGCGAUGCCGGGGACAAGGGUGUGGAGAAGGCACCUGGGGAGCCAGGGCCAUGGGGGGCAGUGCGUGUGCAGACCACUGCAUUGGUGUCCCACUCGAGCGAGCACAUGGACGAGGAGGACCUGCCCGGUGGCCUCAACUGCACGGAGCCCUGGCAGGACCCUGACGCUCACAGCUGUCCCGAAUCCCUGCUGCAAAAUGCCACCCGGCCCCCUUCAGAGGACCCUGAGGCCCCGCUGCCCGGCAGGGCCAAGUCCAGCCCAGGGACGCCAGAGGCCGAGGGGCCUGCGCCCGCAAGGGUAUUUAAGACUGAGGUGGCCGCAGUGUAUGCACCUGCCCCCAGCGCCCCCGAGCCCACCUUGUCCAGUUCUGCAGCCGCCAGCGAGUGGUCCCUGUGCCCAGCAGACGAGGACGCCAGGCAGAGCCUGCACCUCAAUGGGCUGCGUGGCUCCCCGGGCGCUGCGCUGGCCUGCCUGCCUCCCCCACAGUGCCCAUCCCCCGAAUGCAGUGAGCAGACUCAGACCCCCACCGGGGAGGCUGCCCAGCCUUGCCAGACGCGUGCCGAAUGCCACCAAAUCGUGCCUCACACGGAAGUGGUGGACCUGAAGGCACAGCUCCGGAUGAUGGAGAAUUUGAUCAGCUCCAGCCAGGAGACCAUCAAAGUGCUCCUGGGAGUCAUUCAGGAGCUGGAGCGAGGAGAGGCUCACCGGGAAGGGCUUUCGUAUCGGACCGGGCAAGACACAGCGAAUUGUGACACCUGCAGGAACAGUGCCUGUAUUAUCUAUAGCGUGGAGCUAGAUUUUAAGCAGCAAGAAGACAAACUCCAACCCGUUCUGAGGAAACUCCAUUCUAUCGAGGAAACUCAGGUUGCACCUUCGCCUUAUACUCAGGAGAUGCACUCCUCAACUCCCAAGCAAAAAUCCAAAACGGAAUCUAAAAAGCAUGGAAGAUGGAAACUCUGGUUCCUCUGA